AUGCAAAUAUUGCCGCCUGCAGAGAGAGUCCUUCACUAUUGUGAAAGCAAGAACUGGUUCAAUUCAAGACAUGCUAGCAAAACAAAGGAGAGAUAUCUAAAGACAGAGAAGGAAUUGUUUGAUGAUGUUAUAGUAACAGAAACCUUCCAUUUGAUAGACAGGGAUCAUUCGAGUAAGUGUUGAAUCUUAAUAAAAAUGCAAGAUUCUAUUGAGUUGGACGAACUGUAUUCUAUGUUAAAGAAAAAUAAUUAUCCUGUAAAUAUGAGUCUACUUAAGGCAUUUUUUGAUAAAACAGAUAGAGAUGGGAAUAGUAAGUUUUUAUAUCAAAGAUAGAAUGCAUCGAUUUGGAUGAGUUUAAAUAAGUAAUCAAAGAUGAGUCGACAUCUCAAAGUAAUGAUGUCAAAUUACACUGAUUAGCUUUUAGGAUGAUGAUGAGAAAGAUGAGAGAAAUAGGAGACGACAAUUAUUAUUCCACAGACUUUGUGAAUCUCUUAAGAUAUUUGUGUUACUGUUCUAAUAGAACUGAUCUUAUUUUUCAAAUCAAAGUACACUAUUAUUAAUAUAAGAAUGCUCGAAUAUCUUUUGAAAUGAGAUCCAAAUUAGUUUCUGACUUAUUCAAAGUUAAUCAACAAUUUACAAAACCAUAAAAUCAAAAUCAAGAUCAAUUGUUCCCACUUAGACCUUUCAUGAAAAAGAAGACAUAACCUGAAUUAAAAUAUCUUACUCCAAUCCAAAGAAGACCUAAUUUAUUAUCGAAUCACUCAACAACAACCAACAAUCAAAAUUCUAUAAUAUCCUUGAAGACACUCAACUUCCAGUAACACUCUCCCAGAUUAACUUCUGGAAGAUUUUUGAUCAAAAAGAAGCAAGCUACUCUUAUGACAUCUCCUUUCCAAUCAACUAAAUCAACACUCUAAUCAACUUAAACGACUUUAAGGAAGAAUUAUAUUCAAUUUUGA